AUGGCGGUCAACGCCCGGCUCAGAGUACCGCCCUCCUCAUCUGAACCUCAUCCUAACGCAUCACAGCCUCAACACGACUCCAGCUCUCGUCACGCAGGGCAUAGUCACAAAAAGAAGGAAGAUGUAAUUGCGCUGUGCACGCGGGUCUUUCGACCACCAUCAACGUGGAGUGUCCAGGAUGUGCUCAUGUUCGAUGUGAAUAUUGCCCCAUGGAGAGUGCGCAAAUUCUCAAAUCUCGGAUUGUCACACGCAAAUAGACUCCUGGCUUGCCGGGAACGACGCAAAAGGAGGGUCAUCUAUCCGCCAAAUAGUUCUGUUCCUGUACCAACUUCCGUUCCAGUCUCGAAUGGCGAUAUCGAGGAACUCUUCGUUAACAACAAAUAUCAACACGACGUCGAUCGGUACUUGUACCGAAAACUUCAAAUUGGCAGAUUUCUCCAGGCUGCGGAUAUCGAGAUUCUCAGAGGCACUCCACAGCAAUCACUAUCGAAGCCAAAGGUGCUCUUAGAUGACCGCAAUAAUGCAAGUGUCACACGAUUACAGCAAGUUGGUAAUUGCAGGCUGUUUCGAGGUCCGUUGAACGCCCAGGAGCUUUUUAUAGAACUUUCCCAAGACCGAUUACCUGAGACUUCAGACACACCCACUAUUAUACCCGCAGAGCGACGAUUAAUCUACAUCACCGAUAUAGAUCCGUACUGCGCUCUUGCCUUAGCAGCGACUGCCUCGACUUCACAAGCAGCGUUUCUCAGGGAGUUUCUCAGCAAAUGCCUAUCCUUCCAUCCCUUCGUGGGAGUCGAUAUUUGGGCUCCAUCCCCUGAUGGCGCUGCGGCCUUUGCGCUGGAGUUCCACUUACCAUAUUACGCUUGGCGACCGAUGGAAUUCAUGAUCCAAGACCCUCGGAAAGUCAGACGUUCUGAGGAGGUCAUGUAUCUCCCAAUUCAAGGUCAUGCCUCACCAUCAUCUGAUGACAUACCCGAAUACAUUUACGAAUCCCAAAUAUCUUUAAUGGUCAGCGGAAUCGAUGACUGGGUAUGGACAGCUUACUGCUUCGUCGACGUAUAUUUCAAAGGAAACAUACACACUGAGAAAGUGGAGCAUUAUUCCACCGACGCUGUCAACAGAAUGGAUCCUCACUCAUGCGCAAAGCAUGCGGCAGACCGACCAGUAUGGGACCCUCGAAAAUAUUUUUUGCGAGCUCUUUCAGCUCGAAUGGAGCAAGUCAGGGAGGAAUGGGAAAACUCAGUAUCGCUCUUGAUGUUUCAGAUCGACCCUUAUAUCCACUCAUUCCCACCAAGCCGUACGAAAACGAAGACUGGCGACUUGAAGAUCACGACAAAAGAGGCAUUUCGGUGGACUAUCAUAACCUUACGGAAGUUUUCAAAUCUCCUUGCAAAGAUCAUCAUAGCGUGGGAAAGGUUCGAUAAGGGCGAAAAGCAAUAUUUCUACAAUCCUCAAUCUGGCGAACUGGCGGAUAGCCAGUGGGGAACUUAUAUUUCCUCGAUUGAUAAAGACGUCAACCAUUUACGAGACCUUCUGGGAUCGCUCAAGGACCAAACAAAACUGUUUGAAGAUAUGACCACAAAUCUUGUUAUGCACGCUCAGUAUGCGGAGACUUGUAUUGCAUCUCAACAGAGCAAGUCAAUUCAAGCCCUUACAAAUAUCAGUAUUCUCUUUCUCCCCGCUACACUCGCAGCCACACUCUUCAGCAUGCAGCCAAUUCUUCCCAGUGGCGUGAAGAUGAAGGACUUCCUCUACUUCUUUUCCCUCCUCUUCAUCAUCACUAUCCUACUACUUAUUAAUCCCUCGUAUAUAAAUACUUUCGUCCAGUCGCUGCGGAACAGGCAAAAUUGGUUGUGGGCUAGGCUAUCCCGGUUGUUGGACAGAGGGCUCAUACGGCAUGCAGGAGAAGAUGAAGAUUCUGGGGACGAAGAUGAGGAUGGUGUUGAGUUGCUUAACUUGAACGAACGGAACAGACGGACUGGCUGGAGGGAUGGCGGAGACGUGUGA